AUGUCGACCAAUGGAACAUCAAACGGCCAGAAGAAGGAGCUGGAUCCCAACCAAGGCGGAGACUCCACGAAAAAGACCUACCACAAGCAACCAACUGGCGAAGCACUUAAGACGGCGAACGCUCACUCGGCGGAGAAUGAUUUGAAACUGUACGGUUCCUGCUUCUGCCCUUUCGUCCACCGGGUCUGGAUAUCUCUGGAACACAAACGCCUUGAUUAUCAGUACGUUGAGGUUGAUGUGUAUCGUAAGCCGAAGCUGCUGCUUGACAUUAAUCCGAGAGGUCUGGUUCCGGCGCUCAGACAUGGAAAUUGGGGCUGCUAUGAGAGCACGGUACUUAUGGAGUAUCUGGAAGAUCUGAACAAAGGCGAGCCGCUACUACCGAAGGACCCUAAGCUCAGAGCACAUUCGAGGCUGUGGUCGGAUCAUAUCAAUCGAAAUAUCAUCCCAGCCUUCUACCGCUACCUCCAGGCCCAAGACCAGAACGACCAAGUCAAGUUCGCAGACGAGCUCCGCGAGCACAUCGCCAAACUAGUCGAGACCGCCGACCCAGCCGGCCCGUUCUUCCUGGGCGAUUAUAUGAGUUUCGUCGACGUCCAGAUGGCGCCGUGGAUCGUUCGAUUACGGAAAGUUCUCAAACCCUACCGUGGCUGGCCGGAUCCAGAGCCGAACACUCGAUGGGCGUCGUGGGUGCAGGCGAUUGAGAACGCCGAGCCUGUGAAGAAGACCACGAGUGAUGAUGAGUUGUAUCUGGACUCUUAUGAGCGGUAUGCUGAGAAUCGGCCGAAUACUUCGGCUGUUAGAGAGGCGAUCAAUUCGGGCAGGGGAUUACCAUGA